AUUUCAGAUACGCCCACUGUCCUGGACGCAGUGGGUGGUGGUUUUGAAGCUGUCGCUUCCUGUCAUCUUGAUGGAUGAGGCCCUCAAGUUACUGGCCCGCAACUACAUCGAGCCAGGAAGCCACAUCCAGACUUUAGAAGAGGAAGAGGAGCAGCAGAGGGCGAGGGCCAACGUGGGGUUGGUCGGUGCUGCGGCGAUGAGGCUCCAUCAGUCGCUUAAGGGCGUGUCCUGGUCCUUCGUGCUGAUCUCUGCACCGCUGGUGAUCUGGAUCUUCAGUCUGGACUCUGACAUCACCAACAUCUUCUGGGAGUGACGGGGAUGUGGGUGGGCUGCCGGGGACGCACAAACACGGUGAAGGAAGGGAAAAGGGGUGUGGGAGGUGUAAGGGUGGGGCGUGGGGAAACGAGGCACGAGCAGAGGUGAUGGAUGUGACGAAGGAAACAUGUGACCCUCAGACAAUCAGAGAGAGUGUGUGUGUGACAGCCUCACCGAUGAAGGCGCUGCGUGCAGCUGAUCUGCUUUGAGUUCACACUUCCUCCCACGUCCCUGCUGUGUCGCCACACCCACAGACACGUCACGGCUGUGGUUUCUUUACAAUCUUCCAAAGAGGGCUGUUGGUUUGUGUGAACUUGGAUUUAUUCUUUCAUGUAAUUUGAAAUAGAGAGAAAUGUUAGUGUUUGAGGUUUGGUGCAUGUGUGUAGUUUACAGUGUGUGUUGGUGUUUUCCAUAUUUCUCCUGACAUUCCCGGGUCCCUGCUGCGCCGAUGCUACCGUGCUUCACGCAGCACUUUUAUGAGGAAACGAGUGGAUUAGAAACACACAGGCUCUCCAUCCACACUGUUGUUCACGUAGUAAUAAUGUGCUCCGCGAUAAGGCCGCCUGCCUCUGGAGCAGCAGAGUCCGCCAGCCGGCUGCUUUCAUAGUCUGCACUGUUGUUUGGAUGUCCUCACGUGAAACUAAUCCGAGCCGUGAGGACGGCUAGCGUUUCAAAUGCAUGUGAGUGCACGUCACACACUUUGAGUUUUAAAGUUGAUCCUGCAGAAGCGUCUCCCUGCAGCCGGGAGUGAACCUGAUGAGGAUGCACACAUUUAUCAGAGGCUAACCCUUCUAGCAUAUACGAUUGAUUCUGAUGGCCGACUGUCCUCUGUUGUCUUUUCUGAAUCGAUGCCAACACUGCUGGCUGUCCUGAAGUUGACGUGGCAUUCGUUGGCUCGUCUCAGACAGGCUGAGGGCAGAAUAAGUUCUUCAGUUAACUGGUGUUCAGUACGGCUGUGCUGCCAGUCGGCCUCUACCUGACGCGCUUUCCCUGCUUUGUGUGUGAUUGAUUUGGUUCUGGAUGUCAGGGAUUCAUGUGUUUCUUUCAGGUCGGUCCUCCCUCCUCCAGAGCAGCCGUGUCUGUGUUGGUGAACGUCACAGUUUCAGUUUGAUGUGAACACAGAUUUGAACGAGGGUCUGCCUUUUUGUCCAGCGAUGCCAUGAAGUCUUGAACUUGUCAUUAUGUAACACAUGCAGCCUUCAUUGAGAGGAAUAUCAUUACUGAAGGACAGGAAGAGUUAGAGAGUAGCCCUAAUGUUCUGACAUCGUCAUUUUGU